ACGACAGUUCGUUGCCAACUGUAUCUCUACCACUUAACGUUACCUGAUGUUUUGUCUACUAGUUUCUGACAGAUAAUGGCUUUUGUUUCACCCACCAAGAGGGAUCAAAACGGAAGUUACACUUUCUCCAGCCGGCCCAGACCUGUGGAGGACAGGUCCAAGUACAGAGAGCCUCCGUCCGAACAGACCCAGAGUAAUUAUGGGAACAUUAUGUAUGACCGCCGAGUUGUCAGAGGAAACACUUACGCCCAGCAAAUCAUACCAACUACAGCUCUGCCAGACCCUGUAGAAGUUCAGAGACAACAGGAGACCCGGAGGAGAACCGUUGCCGCAAAGCGAGCCAGGGAGCAGUGCAGAACCAGGACUCCUGAAGCGCUGCAGGGCAGAAAACACAUCGACGUUCAAACAGACCUUUAUCUGGAAGAAUUAAGUGAUGUUAUAGUGGCUUCAGAUAUCGAGUGCCAGACUGAUGCUUUCCUGGACAAACCCGACACCCCGCUGUUCAUACCUGCCAAAUCUGGAAAAGAUGUUGAAACCCAGAUAGAGGAGGGAGAG